GUUUAACAAUUGAUAUCUUUGAGUCAGGCUCACAGAGCAAUUUUCUUUUCAAAGCCAAGCUGGAGUACAGAGCAGAGCAUAUGGAGACGAACUACAGAGAGACACUGCAGGCGGACUUUGAUGCAUUUGAUUUAUCUGAAGAGCUGGGAUUUAUCCUUGAGGAGCCACUGACUCACCUUCCAGACUAUUAUCGCGUGUGGUUGGACUUGGCAAAUAAUCUGACACAUUUAAUAGAGUCACGCAAGCUACGAGAUCGGGUUCAUAAGAUGCCAGUUUUGAGUCCCCAUCUGCUGAGUAACCAUCGGGAGCUCAGACUAGCACACUUGGCCCUGGGGUUCAUCAGCAUGGGAUACGUGUGGCAGGAGGGACAACAAGCACCUGGUCAGAUUCUCCCAAAAGCACUGGCCUGGCCUUACUGGAACAUUUCUCGCAGACUUGGACUUCCGCCCAUCUUGACCUACGCAGAUUCAGUUUUAGCCAACUGGAAGUUAAAGGAUCCCACUGGGGACAUGGAAAUUGGGAACAUGGACCUGAUAUUUUCCUUUCCUGGUGGGGAAAGCUGCAGGGGAUUUUUUAUGGUGUCAUUACUGGUGGAGAUGGCUGCCAGUUCAGGCAUAACGGGGGCCCUGGAGGUGAUGCAUGCCAUGAAAGUCUCAGAUCUUAUCGGCAUACAGAAGGGUCUAAUCAAAGUGACGCAGUCUUUGAAGAAGAUGAAGGAAACUUUCCAACUCAUGCACAAUCAUGUGGAGCCAGCUGCAUUUCAUGGAACACUGAGAAUUUUUCUCUCGGGGUGGCGAGAUAACCCCAUGCUUCCAAGAGGGGUGCUGUACGAAGGAGUCAGCAAUGAGCCCAUUUCCCUAUCGGGUGGAAGUGCAGCCCAGAGUUCCUCAAUUCAGUGCUUUGAUGCUUUGCUAUGCGUCCAGCACGAGGGUGAGACAGGAGACUUCCUGACACGCAUGAGAGAUUACAUGCCUCCUGCACACCGUCAGCUGAUAGAAACUCUGUCUGUGUGUCGGUCACUGCGAGACUUUGUCAUUAAGUCUUCCAGCUCCGACCUCUACCAGGCCUACAACUCCUGCGUCUCGGCCCUGGCUGAUUUACGGAGCUACCACCUUAAUACUGUUGCCAAGUAUGUCAUUGUGCCAGGAAACCAAGUCCGAUCUAUGGGCUGCCCCCUCAGGGGGGUGGGCUCUGCUCUCAACACUACCGGGACUGGAGGGUCCAAUGUUAUGGUCUUCCUCAAGAGCGUUCGUAACACCACCCAGAAAGCACUAAUCUUAGAGAGACCAACGACAUCAAGAGAAACAAAGAUGUGAUCCUUUUUUUACACCCUAAUGUCUUGUACACAUGCUAAUAUUUUAUGCACUAUUUGUUUAUACGGUUCUAUUUAUGAAAUAUUUACUAAAAAUGAUAGCUAGAGAUUUUGCUGGGACCAAUGCUAGUCAGUUGUGGUGUUUUUGAAGUCCCCUCACCGCUGCAAUGCAGUAUUUUAUUUUACAGGAAGACUCUGCAAGCAGAGUGAGCUUUAGUUUCCGUCACCAGUUCCAGAAGAGGAAGUUAGGAGUUGAACUUCUCUUUUGGCUGCAGAAAUGCUGUGGUCAUUAUUCUGUGACAUCACUGCCAUGUGUUCAGUGUGAAGCUUUGAAACGGAGAAAGGUCAAACGCUGUUAUUUAGUCCUAACAGUUGCUCUUGGCAGCAGCUGCCACCACACUUCUUGGCUCUUUUGAGCCACAAGAAAGAAGUAAUGAAUAGAAACUUCAGAAACAAAAACAUUCAUGAAUGAUACAGAAACUGAAACAUGUACUAAUCCUAUUGGUAGAUGUGAAAUAACACUUUUUUGUCAUGUUAGGCUUUGAUUAUGAACAUGCUGCUGAGUAGCAAUAUUCCACUACUGCUUUCAAGCCACAAAUGUCUAAUCUGUAAAGCUCAAAGGUAUUUGCACACCUUUAAAUCUUUGAGUAUCUUUUGUUACAAGAUUCCUUAUUUUAUAAAUAUUUCUACUUGCAUGUA